GCACAUCUCGGGCUGGAGUCCCAGGCGGUCCUCGGGCCUUGCGGACUGACCCAGGAGGAAGGAGGCGGGGCUCAGGGCAGCUCCAGUCCCCAUCUCCCUGCCCCCAUUCCUCAAAGCUCGGGAACCCCCGUUGCGCCUACCUGCCCCAGGACCCGGAUGAGGCAAUGGGCAUAAGGACAGUCAACACCCAGCACCUCCUCUUCUCCCUAUUGGCUGUAGAGGGGGGAGGGGCUUCCAGGAGGGCCAGUGGGGGCCCCUCCACCUAAACCACCCUCUUCUCUUGCCUCUGGGACCCUGGCCGGCCGGCUGGGACACCCCUCUGCUGCUGCCUCCGAGGGGCUGUGGGCUGCUCUGGGAAAGAAAAACCUCCAGAGACCCACUCUGGCUUUCGGGUAUUAGGGGUGCCCUUCGUGGGGGCCAGGGAGGGCAGCAGCCAGGCGUCCGCAGUGCAGCCAAGGGCACAUCUGUGGUUGGGAGCAGGUGACUGGCCCCCCAUCCCCCAUCCCCCAUCCACCGGCUCCUGCCCUUUGCUCCUGACCUGAGGCCUCUCUGGGGAAGUUGCUUGCCAGCCCGUUCACCUGCCCCCCUGCCAGAGAGGCUGGGACAACGGGGGAGGGGGCCGCUGAGCUGAGGAAGGAAGCGGCUGCUCGCUGCCCGCCCGGAGCCCAGGCUGGCCUCUGUGUGCAGGCCUGGCUCCGGCCUCGUAACCCGGCUCCUCUGUUCCCGGCAGGACUGACUUCUCUGAGCCCGGCACACAGGGGGGCUUGGCCACACUUCUCAAGGGAAGCGAACGCAGCUGCGUUUCUCUAAGGCAGGAGCAGGUGCCUCGUCUGUGCGCCCUGGUGCUGGCUGCUCCGGUCCACAUUCUGGCGCUCGCAAGCUGUGUGACCUUGGUCGCCACGCUGAGCCUCUCUGUGCCUUGUUUUCCUUCCUUCUAAAACGGAGAGGAUACAGUAACUGCCUCUGAGGUCACCUCGGGGAGAGGCAUCGAUCGAUCCCCGUAAAAGCACUCAGAACCGCGCUGACUGCCCGGAGGCUCAGCGUGGGGUUUGCACUGGGGCUGGAGGGCCUGGAGGAAGCUGUGGGGGAGGCGCAGCCUUCCCUGGCCCCUACGGUGUGGCGGGCCCCGUAGUGACCCGAGGCACCUCCCUGCAGGCGGGCGGCAUGGAAAGAUGGAAUUCAAAGGCCCUGCGUCUUCCCAGGUGACCACGCCGGCCUCAGGACAUGCACGGGCACAGCCGCAACGGGCAGGCCCACGUGCCCCGGCGGAAACGCCGCAACCGCUUCGUCAAGAAGAACGGCCAGUGCAACGUGUACUUUGCCAACCUGAGCAACAAGUCUCAGCGCUACAUGGCCGACAUCUUCACCACGUGCGUGGACACGCGCUGGCGCUACAUGCUCAUGAUCUUCUCCGCGGCCUUCCUCGUCUCCUGGCUCUUUUUCGGCCUCCUCUUCUGGUGCAUCGCCUUCUUCCACGGCGACCUGGAGGCCGGCCCGGCGGUGCCCGCGGCGGGGGGCCCGGCGGGCGGCACGGCCUCAGCGGCCCCCAAGCCUUGCAUUAUGCAUGUGAACGGCUUCCUGGGCGCUUUCCUGUUCUCGGUGGAGACCCAGACGACCAUCGGCUACGGCUUCCGGUGCGUGACGGAGGAGUGCCCGCUGGCCGUGAUCGCCGUGGUGGUCCAGUCCAUCGUGGGCUGCGUCAUCGACUCCUUCAUGAUUGGCACCAUCAUGGCCAAGAUGGCGCGGCCCAAAAAGCGGGCGCAGACGCUGCUCUUCAGCCACCACGCGGUCAUCUCGGUGCGCGACGGCAAGCUCUGCCUGAUGUGGCGCGUGGGCAACCUGCGCAAGAGCCACAUCGUGGAGGCGCACGUGCGGGCCCAGCUCAUCAAGCCCUACAUGACCCAGGAGGGCGAGUACCUGCCGCUGGACCAGCGGGACCUCAACGUGGGCUACGACAUCGGCCUGGACCGCAUCUUCCUGGUCUCGCCCAUCAUCAUCGUGCACGAGAUCGACGAGGACAGCCCGCUGUACGGCAUGGGCAAGGAGGAGCUGGAGUCCGAGGACUUCGAGAUCGUGGUCAUCCUCGAGGGCAUGGUGGAGGCCACGGCCAUGACCACGCAGGCCCGCAGCUCCUACCUGGCCAGCGAGAUCCUGUGGGGCCACCGCUUCGAGCCGGUGGUCUUCGAGGAGAAGAGCCACUACAAGGUGGACUACUCCCGCUUCCACAAGACCUACGAGGUGGCCGGCACGCCCUGCUGCUCGGCCCGGGAGCUACAGGAGAGCAAGAUCACCGUGCUGCCCGCCCCGCCGCCCCCGCCCAGUGCCUUCUGCUACGAGAACGAGCUGGCCCUCAUGAGCCAGGAGGAAGAGGAGAUGGAGGAGGAGGCGGUGGCCGCGGCGGCCGUGGCCGCGGGCCUGGGCCUGGAGGCGGGCUCCAAGGAGGAGGCGGGCAUCAUACACAUGCUGGAGUUCGGGAGCCACCUGGAUCUGGAGCGCAUGCAGGCCACGCUCCCGCUGGACAACGUCUCCUACCGCAGGGAGUCGGCCAUCUGACCUCCCACGCUCAGGGCUCCGAGGACCUUCGGCACGAAGGCGCGGGGGUGGGGUGGGGGGCUUCCGAGACUGGCAGAGUCCAUUCCUGUGCACUCCAGAGCCCGGGCCUGGGAGAGGGCCCAGGGUCCCCCAGCGCCCACCCACGGGCGGCUCCGGGCCCCCAGACCCACUGUGCUCCCCGCACUGACCCUUCCAGGACAUGCCCCGGACUGCUGCGGGGGGGAGGGGGAGGCGGCAUCGUGGGGUCCUUGGGGGGGCAGGGGCUUCGGUGGGGGGAGGGCGGGGGGCUGCUUUUUCUUUGCAUGACUGUGGCCUGUUGCUCAUGACCGUGUUUUGUAAAUAUUUAAAAGGGAGAGACACGGAGACACCCAUCCACCUUCUGCCAUUUCUACCUGCAGGACGAGGAGAUGCAGUCCCGAUCCGCGCACCCCGCCCCGCCCCGCCCCUCCAGCCCAGCGCCUGCCCUUGCCCGGCUGGCCCCGUGCGGCCCUCGGGGCCGGCCGUCUUGGCCCCUGGAUGGCUCUGGGUUUGGGUGCAGAGGGAGGACCCCAAGGGGCAAGGGGGAGGGCCCUUCCCUCCCUCCUCGUGGUCCCUCCAGGCUCCCAGGCCCAGCCAAGACUGACAGUGGAGUUUGUAACUAUAUAUUUUUAAUAAAGUAUAUGGUCCAGGA